AUGUUCGCUCGACUGGCAACUGGUCAAAGGAUGAGGAUGGUCAACACCCCCGUCCUUGCGAUAGCAGGCACCACACACAUCGUAAUCUGGGCAGGUGUCACAGCGCCACCCCUGGCCAGCCUCUAUGUCCAGGUGGCACACAGCGCACGUAGUCACAAAUGCUGGGGCCGUGGGGUUGUGAAGAUGGUACAAUACCAUCAUCGACGAGUGCUUGGCUCGCCGGAGGGUGUCAUACUGGUAGUGGUUGCCUUGACACAGGCUGAGGAACGCCUGUCUCGUGUCAAAGAAUUCACUCUCUACGACCUCGUUGUCCUUGGUGUCAUUAGGGAUUCCAGAUAUUUCCACCUUUUCUCGAGAAUUUGCAUCUUUUUAGGUUUUUCUUGGACUUACGGAAUAAAGUGUGUGCUUGUCCUUGUGGUUAAUGGGAUACCCAUCGAGUUCCAGCAACCAUUAGAAUACAGCAGUGUGAGCACGAGUGUUUUGAUAGAUGAUGUCUUCAGCAGCACCUGGCCAGUAAUCUCCAUCAAAGUAUGGCAACCGUGCUGCAGUUACCUUUGCUUUACAUUCACCGGUAGAGACAAAGAAAUGCUCGUAAAGAUUAGUCAGCUCAACUACAAUACUUUCUUUUGA